AUGGCUGACGCAAUAAUGGCUGACGCCACGAUCGUCCUUGAGACCCAUAUCUACUCCCACUCUCGCAACGGCCUGCCACCCUGGGUCCGGAGUUUUCACCUACGCCUCUCCCCAACCGGAACGAAGGCCGAUAUCCUCAAGCUCGUCCGCGAUUCUAUGAUACGUCUUGGCCGCGCUGACCCCAUUGCUGAGGCGCAGAUCGUCCUUUAUUGGACGCAGCAAGGCCGAGUUGUCUCCAUCCCAGGAACCAGCAACUCACACACUAUGGUCACGCUGCCCAUUUAUCGGCCGCCGCAGCUCUUGAACUUCAACGUCGGUUAUCCCAUGGUCGUCCCGCAACAUCCUCAGACAAUGGUGUACCCCGAGUACCCCCUGGCUCUGACCUACUCAGGCGGAGCAAAUUAUCUUCACUCAUACAGCCCGAAUUCUGUCACGAUUCAGUCUGCCACGUUUCCUGCCCAGCAAAUUUGGAUGGUCUGCGGUGGUCACGGCUAUGUCAACGUUCCCGUCCUCGGUACCAGCGGUGCUGGUAGCAUCGAUGGCCAGCCCGUAGUCUCAAAUGUGGUCAGGGAGACUUGUCUAGACGAUCUCGCGGAGGAAAGCCUUGCUGGAAUGUUGGAGUGGACUACAUGCCCUAACGGCCUCAAGCUGAUCGCCAUCGUCGACGUUGAUGGUCGAAAUGUCGUCCAGGGCCACGCCGGCCCUCCCUCCACUCCUGUUGUCACGGCCCAGAUUAACAACCCGAUCUCUCCCACUCCGGCCUCGCCAGAUACUACUACCUCUCCAAGGCGGGCAGACUAA